CUUCCUUCUGCUUACUUCUCCUCCUCUUCCUCUUCCUCCUCUUCUUCCCUCCUCCAUUUGACGUCGUGUUCCUUGGUUGGGAGGUUCAUCGUCUGCUCGGUGGUUCAGAGAGGUGAAGCUUCAUUGUGAGUGACUCGUGAGCUUGACAGGAUGUCUCCCCGCCCACCCCCUCAGUCCUGUGAUACGUUCGUUGUCUUGCCGGACCUCACCAAGGGCGGCCAUGUUGUCUUCGGCAAGAACUCUGACCGACCGAGGGAGGAGGUGCAGGAGGUGGUGUACCGGGCAGCUGCAGACCAUGACGGGGGCAGCAAGGUGCAGUGUACUUACAUAGAGGUGGAUCAGGUGGAGCACACUCAUGCCGUGAUCCUGAGCAAGCCGUCGUGGAUGUGGGGUGCUGAGAUGGGGGCCAACGAGCAUGGGGUGUGUGUGGGCAACGAGGCUGUGUGGACCAAGCUGCUCGACGACAAUGACCAGGAAGAAAGACUCCUUGGCAUGGACAUGGUGAGACUUGCCCUGGAGCGCAGCACGUCAGCAGCGAUGGCAGUGGAUGUCAUCGCAGGGUUGCUGGAGAGCCAUGGGCAGGGCGGGGCGUGCUCUGAGGACGAGCCGGACCUGACCUACCACAAUAGCUUCCUCAUCGCUGACGCCACGGAAGCCUGGGUGCUGGAGACGGCCGGGAAUUACUGGGCAGCUGAGCAGAUCAAGAGUGGCUACAGGAACAUCAGCAACGCACUCAGCAUCGGGACCAAUAUUGACCGCAUGAGUGAGGGGUUGGCGGCUGCAGCUCAGGAGAAGGGCUUAUGGGACGGCAGCGGGACGUUUAGCUUCAGUGAGGCCUUUGCAGUGGAAGAGGACUCUGCCGGCGGUAGGAAAGAGUGUGGUGAGAAACUGCUGGCCGAACUGUCUAAAGGAGGUGACUUUUCCCUGACACAAAUGUUUGAGGUGUUGCGAGACGAGGAGUCGGGGAUAUCACGCGGCACAGAACACAAGCAUCCUACUACCGGGAGUAUGGUGUCUGUGAUAAGCCAGGGUAGCAAGGAUCGGCCGAGCUGCCAUUGGUUCACUGGUACCCCUGACCCCCGCCGCUCGGUGUUCAAGCCCUUCAUCUUCACCAACAAUGUCAAGAUAUCUCCACACAUCCAGAGCCCUCGCUUGCCCGAUGAUCAGGACCCUGCCAAGGUGGUGCCACGGUUUGCUUCAAAGGUGAACCGGACUCACCUGCUGUACCGAAGGCAGAAAGCAGCAGCUGCCAAAGGAGACAGCACCAUCUGGGAGACCCUGAGGCAGCUGGAGGAGAAGUGUGUGCAGGAGACAGAGGCCUGCCUAGAGAACUUUGAUCCUGAAAGGCUGUCAGAGAUGGACGACCUCUUCAAGGACUGUGUUGACUCUGAGCUCAAGUUUUACAAGUAAUAAGGGAUGCGUGUCGUGCGGGCAUCAAUGUCGGCAGCCUAGACUUGCUUAGAGGCGAGGGUUUUCUUUCUUUGAGCUUGUCCUUUCUUCUUUUUUCUUGGCCUUGAGAUGGGUUUCCUGUGGGCCUUUCUUCACCUUUUUUCCUUGAUCGUAGUAAUUUCCAGCCACACCAAUCCUCAUCCUUUCCCUGUGAGGCUCCCUCCCUCGUCUCCGCUCAUUCCUCGAGGCACCGGCAGUGUUUAGUAAUAAGUAGUCAUCAUUGGCAGUUUGGUACAUGUAGGUAUCUUUUUUUUUCUAUUUUUAUUCCAUUGAGGGCAUUUCCUUGCCAGAGUAGAGAGCAGGCCCCAGCAGAUGCCCAGCUGAGUGAAACAGUACCACAGUGGAUUAAUUUGCAGGAUGACCAGUGAAUAUUAAUAGUAAGCUCUUGCAGUUGAGUACUUACUGCCUUACCCCCAUACCCUCCUCAUGGCCCUGUACCAAACCCUAUCCCUCCCAGACCCCUCCCCUCCCUUCCCCUUCCCAACCAUGAGUUCUUCCAGCAGAUUCCUGAACAUUUUUAUUGAGUGUUCCAGCUUACCGUAACCCAUUUUUAUACUACCGUGCUUAGUGAUGUAAGGACUUGCUAGCAGGCUGGCCGCACGGAUGGGGAUGAAUCACAGUCAAGGGGCCAUGUGGCAAGACUAUCUUAAUUAGGUCAAGUAAUUAUGAUGUACUGCAAAAAUAGGUGUUAGGGGCUAUAAGUGAAUGAACCUAAAAGAGGAUGAAUAAUAAUCAGUAGGAGCCCUCUAAAAAGUGUGAUAUGAUUUGUGUGAGAGGAGGAAGGGAGGAGUGGUGUCGGGAUCACAGCUCUUGCCUUUACAGAAUGCGUUAAUCACUGAGGAUGAACAGCCUUAAGGAGAUCAUUCUAAGGGUAGUACUUAGGAGGGUAAUGAUCAGUGUUUCUUUGGCUCCUUUUUUUGAGGAUAAGGUAAAGAAACUUAAUGGCUACUCCCUGCUCCUCCUCCUCUUCCUCUUCUUGUUCUCUUGUGAUGCUUGAGGUAAAGGCUUAGUGGUUUGCUAUUUAUAUUACUCAUAUGUCUGGGGAUUUUUUAUUCAAGUGAAAUAGGAGCAGUUUAUGCCAUGAGAUUGUGUACCAUGUAUUGUUUCCUAAGUGUAUUGUUUAUUGUUUUCUUAAUGUUCUCUGAGGAAUCUUACUUUCUAGUAUUUGUGAGGUUAUGUCUUAUUAAGGAAGAGGGAUGGAUGCAGGUCAGGCAACUACAUUUCUCAUUUUCUUUUCUUUUUUCUCAAAUUCUGUGCAUUAGUGCUUUUAUUCAGAAGCACGGUACAGAUAGUCAUUAUAACCUGUAAGGCUAUGAUGACUUUUGGUAGCAUACCUUGAGGAAAUUCAGUCAUGACCAGUAAUAUCCUCAGAGACCUCUAUUUGAAUGUAUUAACUUGCUUGGUAAUUUCAGGACUCGCUCAGUUGUAAGGAUAAGGCUAAUACAAAGUUGAAAAUAAUAAAUUUGUAUUAAAAGAACACUUCAAUGAAAUUAAAUUGAUUUGUAGAAAGAACAGAUACACGAGACAAAAAGUUCCUACAGUAAAGUCAGACUAAAGCUGAUAGGAAAAGGGUGUGAAUAGAGCAUUGUGGCUGGAUUUUCCUAAGGAAUAACUGCAGUGGGAAUCAGAAAGUGCUCUCAAGUAAUCAAAUUGCCAUGCUUGAAGAAAGUUAUUUCUGCAACAGUGGCUGAUGCCCUGAAACAAUGGCCAGCUUGACGAGGCACUAAUAAGAGUUGUCUUUGGCCCUCACUCACUCUGGUAUUAUUAAGACCACUUUGAGCUGAGGAACUUGUGGGGUUUGUUUGUUUACACUUUACAGGCUUUCAUGUAAACUUUUUUCAUCUUUACUCAGCUGUUUAGUUCUUUGUUUCAUGUUGCCCAUGGCUCAAACAGAGCAAAUGCUCAGUUAAGUUCCUGAAUCUAAUCAUAUCUGGCAAUCAAAUAUUCUUAAUUGACAAUAGACACAGAAUGAUGCCAGGGAUGGAAUGAGCGUGUUGAAUCGGCCUUGAGGAAUUAAGUGGUUUCAAAAGGAUAAUUUAUAUUUAUUUUCAUGCCAUAUGAACUGUUAGUUAACAUUUUCCUCAAAAUAUGUAAUAUGUCUAAGACAUAAUUGAGCAGAGGACUGGAUGACUGAAAAUAUAUAGUAAUGAAAGAAAAGUUUAGAUUAUUUAAUUGAUUUCAAAAUUUAAUCUGCAUGAAAACUGACAAGAAAAUACAGUGUAUGAGUACUGCAGUGGUUUCAGUUUAGAUUGAAGUAGUCUGCAGUGUUAAGCUUAAAUUAAAGAAGUAGUAAUAACAGGAACAUUUGAGUGAAUGGAAAGGAAACAGACUGCACUAGGAAUGAAAAUGCAGGUUUGUAGUGUAGGGUAUGUAAACUUUUGAUUGCGUAGAGGGACUGCCCUGAGGCUGAUGGGAAGCCUUGCCUCCACCAUUCCCAAGAAACAUGGCUAGAAACUUGGCUAAAUUGAAAACCACUUUUCACAUUCCUGAAAAUACUUAAUGAAUGCAAUACUAGCCCUAUGAAAAUUCAAAGCUAGAGUAAGGCUUUAAUUAUAGGUACGUAUUAUAAAAGACAACGUAGGGUUACACCAACCCCCUGUGACUGGUAUUAGGUAUGACUGAUGCUAGGAAGGCAGGCAAGCAGGCAGGCAUUUAUCCCCACUUGUAGCUCCUAGUUUCUCUCUGUAGCCUAUCCCUUCCCCCAAUGCAGCAAUCCUUGGCCCUGCACUGCCUUGGAAGGAGAGGAGAGGAGAGGGGCAAGUAAUGCACACCAUAUUUGGGCAAGUGCCAGACAUGCCCUCUUGAGCCCUGGCAGGGAAACACACACUCAGAGGACAGAAGGGACACCUGCUGCAUGUAGUGUCCCCAAAGUAGCAUUGCAUGGUCCUCUUUUGGAACCCUGUGGUGGUGUAAACAGUUCUAGGAUGGUGGUUUUAGCCUAGGAUAACUUGGUGGAAAAUUAUUAAAGCAGCAGGAGGAAUCCCCAUCAGGGAAUCUACUUGAGUGUAAGGGAAUAUUUAAAAGUUUUCAAAGUGCAAAGAGGGGCACAAGUAAUAGGACUUUCUGAUGGGCAGCCAUUCAACUUAGUGAACCCAAAUAAUGUAAAUUUGUUUUAAUAAUUGUUGAAAAAUAGUAAUGACGUUAGUUAAUAAUAAAGGACAGCCUGCCCCCUUCACCUCCCUCCCUCCUUCCUUACCCCUCAAUUCGUUCAAGUGAGUAGAAACCAAAGACUUGGGUGAUAUUAUACAAUUAAGGCUGCAUUUUUGUACUAGGCUUAUGAUUGAUUGAUUUUCAUCCAUUCACUGUCUUUCGUAUAAUUAUUGUAUGUACUAUCUUUUUCUGCUUCUCGCUUCUUGCAUCUUUUUGCUGUCACAGCAAGGAAUGGCAUGCAUAUGUACGUACUGCAAUGUUGUAGGGAGAAAAUAAUAAAAGAAAGUAAAGGGAAUGAAAUACACACACACACACACACACACACUGCUUUGCCUCAUGUAUGAGCAAGAUGUACAUGCAUAUAAAUUAUUGCUCUUCUUCACAGCUGUAGUAUUGCCAAUAUGACAGCUUAUAAUGCUAAAUGCAAUUGUCUGUUUGUUUUCCUUGACAUAAAAAGUGCAAGAUUCAACAAUAUGCAAUAACUAUGUACACUAAUAGAGUAAACCCUCAGAUUAACAAUUCAAUUGUGGGGGAGGGGGUGAUGUUCUAUUAAAAAAAUCCUUUAUACCUGAGGGAACUAAACUUUUCAUAUAUAAUUUUUUUUGUUUAUGAGCUGGAAGUUCGGUAUUUCCAACCAUUUCCGUAUAUAAUGAUUUUUUUCAUUAUAUUAGAUGAAAGAUGAGGCACAGGUGUUUACAGUUGGGCAGACAAAGUUACUGACUAAAUGCGCAGACUGGCCCUAAAAGUUUAUUAAAGCUGAAACUUGUUAUAUCGAGGUCUGUAAAAGCGAGGGUUAACUGUACUACAGCUAACAUAGUACGCAAUAAAAAACUAAAAACUAUCCAAAGAUGAUGGUUUACAGUAUUAUUUCUGGUAUAAGUGACUACACACACACACACACACACACACAAAGUAGCUUGUCAGAAAAGAUGAACUGAAAAUGCAAAAAAAUGAGACAAGAAGCAUGCAAUAAAUCAUUUAAAUACAUGCGCGCGCGCACACACACACACACACACACACAGCUGGUGGUUGGUGCCUGUAUGGCUUAUUUAAAUUACCUCAUGUCUUUUCCCUACACAAGAUCUGUCAAACAAUUCUCCAUUUCACCUUUUGUGGUCAGAGGGAUCAUACACACACUACACUAACCUAAGAAAUAACUCAAAUGGACAAGAGCAAGACAGAAGGUAAAUUUUAUGCGAUGUUACAUGAUAUUACGAGAGAAACUAUAAUUUCACAUUGACUCCAACACAAUGUAAAGAAAUGCAUGCAUAAAUGUAUAAAAAUUCUUGGUGUUUCUCCUUUACAAAAGUACCAUAAUGCUAAAUAUAAGUUACUGUCUUUGUAAUGUGAUGUAUCAAUAUGUAGGGUAUACUCAUGAACUUGUAUUCACCAUUGCAGUUAAUAGUAUCGGGAAAAACUGGAAAGCUGAACUGAGGUCUAGAAAUUAAUUCUUGUCAAAAUAAAAUGCUCAUCAGCCUUUAUAUUGAUGAGUUAAUUUUUAUACCUCUGCUGAAUUUCCUAAGUUUUCUUUUUGAGCAGUAAUUAGAAUGAUGCUCACAAAUUGGCAAGCAUACCCCAAGGAUCAUCAUACUCUUUGAAAGAUGCCAUUCUGAUCAGAAGUCUUCACUUUAGAAAAUGCUAAAGGUUACUCGGCAAAGGUCCAAAGAAGAAUACAGACAGCACAGACUAUAUGGAAUAUUAUCUAUUAGGUACCUUUACUACUCAUCAUGAGUUUGAGUGGGCUGGUCACACUCUUCUUGUUGUUUAGGAUUACUUUUUGGGUUGGGCUUAUAUACCAUGCUUUAUGCACUAUGAUAACUAGAUCAGUGUAUCAGUUGCUCUUCCCUGUUGAAUCAGUGAACUCUGUAUUGCAAAUUGAUAAACACCUUGUCUGUAAACAUAAAUGUAUGAUUAAUGGAAGAAAACACAAUCAACUCUGAAGUGAAUUUUUUUUAAUAUAAAAUUGCCAUGAGAUGUUUCACACACACACACACACACACACACACACACACACACACACACACUAAUGAAAUUUUUACAUUAUAUUGAAUGGAUUUUUCCUAGGUUUUGGGGCAAGGUGUUUAGAUGAAAAAUAUUUAAGGUCCAUGUUGUUGCACUUCCCCAUCCUUGACCCAUGUGUGUGUGACCUUGAUGACUCACUGAUCCUAAACUCCUGUGUUGCAAACCCAAGAAUGAACUGUUGCAUUAAGAAGUCACACAUAUAUUAUCAUCUACUAAUUCCAACUUCACCAUGUAAUGACUUAAUGACUUAUUAACUAUGUAAAGCUACUACCAUAGUAUGUACCAAUGAUUUGCACUUUCCUUUAGCUCUGUCUAGCUACAUCACAAAAUUUAUAGUGAACACUACUUAGCUGUACUUAAUUUUCCUAUAUAGCCCCUAGCUCCUAACACCACUGCAGAUCAUAAACAAGAUGAUACAUUUCCUUCCAAUGAAACUAUCGCAUUCCAUGUAUACACACACACACACACACACACACACACACAGCAUAAUGUAUAAUCACAGCACGCUGCCUGGCCACAGCUACAAUACCAAUAUGCGGGAUAACCCGCCGUGUUAAAAUUUCCACAAUACAGUUUGGUUUCCAAUAUAACCCAAGGUCGGUUCAGAACUAGCUAAAGAAUAAAAAAAUUGUUUCCACAUAAGAACUCCAUAUUUUUUCAGGUACAGCCUUCAUACAAGUACCAAUUGCACCAUAUCACUUAAGAAAAUAAAGGAAAUCCAUAG